UUUAUUAAUACUUAGAGCUAUACCUGCAUGUGACACACAGGACGUCAAUUUUUUCAAAUAAGAUCCUGAUUUGGAUUUGUUGGGGUACAUCACUAUUCAACAUUAAAGUAAUUUGACAAAAUGAUGAAAGUCGCACUGCCACUGGCUUCCUUGUUGAUACUCAUGAAUUUUAUGGUCAUUAAUGCUGGUACAAGCUUUGAUGCCCAAUGGACUAGAACUUGCGAAGGGCCCGGAAAAUCGAUAUCCGGCAUCACUAGUUUUCAUAGCAACCACCAUGAAGAUCGUUCGUGGAGUUUCCAAUGCAGACACAACAGAAAAAUUACACCUUCAUGUGUAUGGAGUGGAUGGGUGAAUUCGUACGAUAACGAACUCUUAUUUCAAUGCCCUUAUAAAGGAGUUAUCUCAGGUGUGCACUCCAAGCACAACAAUCACCACGAGGACAGAUUGUUCGAUUUCUUGUGUUGUAGUACCAAGGCAAAGUGGCUAAGUAAUUGCCGCUGGACUGGCUAUGUCAAUACUUGGGAUGGUUCUAUGAACUACGUCGUUCCCUGGAACUACGUUCUUGUAGGGGCGAAAAGUCAUCAUAACAAUCGGAGAGAGGACAGAAUUUGGCAAUACCGCGUUUGUGAACUGGUCUAAUUUCUUACUUCAUUCUAACUUUGCACUUUCUUUGCUUGUCAUUACUGGAGCAUGAUAACUCACUGAUUUUUUAAUAAUUUCAAUAAACUUGUAAUCACUUUCACCUUAGUUAAUAACAACACAAGAAUAACAAAAUAAAGCAUUUUAA